UUAAGCUAGCCCACCUAAACGUCAGCCCGCAACCUUUGAAGCCUAGGCAGAUCUUUGGUUGGGCCUUCUCAGCCGGCCCAGUUCAUAAUUACACUCGUAACAAUCCGAAGCUCCCACGUUUCAAAGGCUUCGUUUCCAUCCUCAGAGCAACAAAUACUCGCAGGUCUCUCUCUCUCUCUCUCAGACAUUUUGGUUUAGUUUCGAAAUAAGAAUUUGAGUUGGGGAAGAAUGUCGUCUGUGGGAACAUCUAAAGGAAUCUUGGAGAUCGCGAAGUUCGGGCUCUAUGUGUCCGUUCCCAUCGUUCUCAUGUACGCCUUCGCUAACAAUACUAAGAAUCUCCAGAAAUUCAUGGGAAAUCGUUCUUAUGUAGUGUAUCCCCCAGAGGGGCCAAGGCCUCCAUCACCCGAAGAAAUGAGGGAGAUGGCUCGCGAACUAGCUCGCAAGAGGAACAACAGCAGUUGAUGUUCUUUUGGAUUGCAAGUGAAAGUUGUAGCUUUUCAGUUGUAUUUACCAGGGCCUGUGAGAAAUGAAGAGAUGUGUAAUAUGCAGAAGUGAACAUCACCAAAUUGAUUUCCAAAAUCAAAUAACUUGGUUGGUUUGACUAAUAUAUAUAUACAUCUGUUUUCUUUUU